CUGGAUGAUUGGCGUAAGCAGAAGACUAUAUCUACAUACGGAGGCGCUCAUCUCAAUGACCUCGGCCCAUCUCUCAUCAUGCCCAACGCGACACUUGACAGAAUAAUCGACUGCGCACAUUUCUACAAGUUGAACAGCAUGCACGACUUGAAGAAGGAGACGGGCUGGACAGAUGCUGACAAGUUCGGUGCUGAGGUUGUUGUGCUUGUUCAAAGGCACGCACUGCCCAUCACAAACCCUUUUGCGAGGACACCUCUAAGGCCCCAUGUAUCCAGUCAUGUGAACGUUCCAUCACCAUGA